AUUUUUUUUGGUUGCAUACAUGAGCCAGUUGAUUCUUCUGGUUUCUCACAAUAUUCAAUAUGUAAUGUGUCAACGUGUGUCAUAGAUAUAUCUAUAUAUUUAACAAUGUACAUACACAAUUAUAUAUAAUUCUUAGAAAAUAGAUAACACACUGUUUUUAAAUACGCAACAACCAACACUCCACUGCAUUAAUUAUUAAUCAUACAAAAUAUAUUUACAAUUAAGUGUUGUUGUUAACUCACAAGUGCAUGAUAUUUAAAUUUUUAUUAUUUUAAUAACAAGUAUUUUUAAUAAAUUAAUAAUUAUUUUGUUAAUUGGUGUGUUUAUCAAACAGAAGAGCAUAUUAUAAUUUGUAAAUAAAAAAAGUUUUCUUGUCAUUUUAUUUAUUUAUUUGUAAAACUAAUGGCUGACAAUGAACAACUGGUUCUUGCUAAUUCAAGAAGUUGGAUUUGGAGUUGGUUUAGCUGGUCUGGAUCAUCCGAGACAAUGUUAAGAGCAGCUGAAAAAAAAAUACUUUCCAGUUUAAAAAGUGUAUAUCGUGGCUGGUAUGUAGACGUUGGAUCUUGUGUUGGAACUUCUGAUAAAAUAUGGACAAUAUCAUUAAAUGAAGAUUCUCAAAAAACUCCAAUUGUCAUGUUACAUGGUCUUGGUGCUGGUGUUGCAUUAUGGUGUUUAAAUUUAGAUAGUUUAUCAGCUGAAAGACCAGUAUAUGCAAUUGAUUUACUUGGUUUUGGUAGAAGUAGUAGACCAAAAUUUAGUAGUAAUGCUGAAGAAGCUGAAAGUCAACUUGUUAAAUCAGUUGAAGAAUGGAGAAGAGAAAUGCAACUUGAUAAAUUUGUAUUAUUAGGACAUUCAAUGGGUGGUUUUCUUGCUGCUUCAUAUGCUAUUAAUUAUCCAGAUAGAGUUAAACAUUUGGUACUUGCUGAUCCAUGGGGAUUUCCUGAAAAACCAAGUGAUGCUAGUGCUAAAUAUAAUUUACCAUUUUGGGUAAAAGCUAUUGCAUUUGUUGUACAACCACUUAAUCCACUUUGGGCUGUUCGUCUUGCUGGACCAUUUGGACAAAAAGUCAUUGAAACAUUUAGACCAGAUAUUGUUAAAAAAUAUACAUGUCUUUUAAAAGAAGAUUCAAAUUAUAUAUUCCAAUAUAUUCAUCAGUGCAAUAGUCAAGUACCAUCUGGUGAGAGUGCCUUUCAUGCAAUGAUGCAUGGUUUUGGUUGGGCUAAAAAUCCAAUAAUAAAAAGAAUUGACAAGAUGAAAGAAGAUAUUCCAAUAACAAUUCUUUAUGGUAGUCGUUCAUGGGUUGCAAAUUCAGCUGGUGAUACUAUCAAAAAACUACGAUCAAAUUCAUACGUCAAUGUUCAGAUAAUAUCAGGAGCUGGUCAUCAUGUUUAUGCUGACAAAACUGAUAUAUUUAAUAAAUACGUUUUAGAAGCUUGUUCAUUGAGUGAUAAAAUUGAUAAAUUAACAUCAAAACAUUCACCACAAACACCAAAAACAAUUCAAAUUAAAAAACAAUGGUUACCAAUUGAUUCAAAAUCAGAAGAUGAAGAUGAUGAUAAUCAAAGAAAUAAUAAUAAAGAAAGUAAUAAUCAUGAUGAUCAAAAAACAUGUCCAGUUUUACACAAAAAAAGUUAAAAAAUAAUUAGUCUAUCUAGGUAAUUAAAUAUAUAUUUUGUUGUUGCUUUUUUUUAAAUUAUUUUUUUGAAUAAAUAACAAGGGGUUUUUUUGGCAAUUAUAAAUUAAUUAAUGAAUAAAAAUAAUCAAGUACCUGAUUCUGAAGAAUAAAAAAAACAUCAGUAAAUAAUUGAAUCAAAUUAAUUUGAAAAAUUUAAUGUACUUACAAAUAGAUUUUUGAAUUUUUAUGUACUAUUUGUAUUGUAAAUUAAUAGUCAAUUGCAUAAAGAAAAAAAAAAAAAAAUUAUUAAUAAUAUAACAGAUUUAUUUAACAAUUUAUUAUUAUAAUAAAACAAAAAAAAAAACUUGUAUUUUUUAAUUGUAAAAA